UGGGGAAUAAGAACAUCUGGGAUUGUGAGUGCAGGAGAGAGCGAUAGAGAAGUAAAACUCUUGGAACUGCUCCGCACAUUUCCUGUGUUUUUGAGGUUAAGCAGUUUUCCCCUCUCCCCCUUCCCUUUCCCCUUCUCCCUCUCUCCCUCUUUCUUUCCCUCUCUUUCACUCUCUCUGUGUGCUUCCCAACAGUCUGGCAGGAAGACGACCUCUAACAGACGUGGAGAACCCUGUGAGUGUGUGCUUUUGUUCUCACUAUCUCACAGGUCUUUCCACUGUGUUUUGUCUCGGCUGUGGUCCUUUUUUUGUGUUGGGAUGCCAGAGUUUUCCCAGUGACGGAGUGGUUUCAGGAGGGUUGUGAGUGUGUGUGUGUGUGGGGGUGUGUGUGAGUUGACAGGAUCCCUCCUCUCUGAGCGUGUGCAGAUGGUGCCGGAGAAGGGACCUUUAGGACAGCUCCAACUGCAGGUUUUGCUGACUAUUAGAUGGAGAUGGAACAAGAAAGUUGGCCAUUGCUGAGACAAUCGUCUUAAAGGCCUCCAUCAAAACACCUGAUACAGCUCUGAGUGCCUGCCACAGAAAACAAACCAACAGACAUUGAGCCAAAAUGGCGGUGGCCGGAGUCCAUUCCUGGAUGUUGUUGAUCCUGAUGGCUGUUCUACCACAUGCCUGCGCCCAGCAGAGUCUGGUGCAGGUGAACUCAGCGGUCCAGGUUGGCCGGGGGAGGUCUGUGUUUGUGACAGACAAGGAGCUGCAGUUCAACGUGGACCAGACAUCAGACUGUAAGGUGGAGGUGGUGCUCAAUGAGCCGGUGACUCAAAGAGUAGGGAAACUCACUCCUCAGGUGUUUGACUGCCAUUUCCUGCCUGAUGAAGUGAAGUACAUCCAUAAUGGUAGUCCCCUGCUGGAGGAAGACACAGUCAUGUUGAGAGUAUACAGGUUCACAGACUCCGACACCUUGGUGGAGAUGGUGGUGUUGAGGAUGAUUGUGGUGGAACCUGGGAGCAGCCUGGUAGAGCUGGGCAGCACUCCCCUGGUGGUCCCCCAGUUCUACGGCCUGUCCAACGCCAUCGACGGCGGCGUCCUUAGCAUCCGCAGUCAGCCCGACGUGGCCUGCACCGUGCGGCUGCUCACCCCAGAGACCAGUGUACCCUCCCUGGGGCAGCUGGUGACCGAGGAGGACCCUGGGCUGAGGAAAGGCAGACAAACCGGAGACCCUUGUCCAGGAAACAAGCCCUGCCUUCAUGGCACCAAGGAGGUGCGUUUCCUCAAAGCCACCUGCCACGAGUUCCUCAGCUUGGCUCUGAAGUACCAGCACCUGAGUCCCCCCUCUCCGGAGAUUGACUACAUCCCUAUCAGAGUGGAGCUACGGGACCAGGCCUCCAGAGCACUGCUGGAGACGGAGGCUGUGUGGCUGCCCGUGCUGAUCCAUGGGGCCAUGCAGAACCAGCCUCCGCAGGCCGCCUUCAUGGCCUCCUUCAUCCUGGAGGUGGACCAGUUCAUCCUCACCCCCCUGACCACGGCUGCGCUGGACGCCAAGGACGGAGAGACCCCCCAGGAGCGCCUGGUGUUCAAUGUGACAAAGCCCCCCGCCCAGGGCUACAUCGCCCACCUGGACGACCACACCAAAACCUGCCACUCCUUCAUCUGGCAGGACCUACACGAGAUGAAGAUAGCCUACCAGCCGCCCAAUAGUAGUCAUACAGGGAGGAGGAACUAUGAGGUUGAGUUCCAGGCUAUUGACGGUUCCUAUGUAGCCAGCCCACCCAUUAUGGUUCACUUCUCCAUCAGAGCAGCAGAGACAAACGCACCCAGAGUCUCGUGGAACAUGGGGUUGGAUCUGUUGGAGGGUCAGUCUCGGCCAAUCACCUGGGAGGAUCUCCAGAUCGUGGACAGUGACAACAUUGACGCUGUCUACCUGGUGGCCGUGGACGGACCUCUGCAUGGACGACUCAGUGUCAGAGGUGGUAAAGGCUUUAUGUUCCGGAUACGGGACCUACAAGAGGGUGUGGUUGUCUACCAUCACUCGGACAGCGACACCACCCGCGACCACAUUGUCUUCCGCAUCACAGACGGGCGCCACAGCAUCCGCCACAAGUUCCCCAUCAACAUCCUGCCCAAGGAUGACACGGCACCGUUCCUUAUCAACAACGUGGCACUGGAAGUGCAGGAGGGCGGCGAGUUGCUGGUGGAAGAGUACAUGCUGCUGGCCUCCGACCUGGAUUCGAGUGAUGACUACAUCCUGUACCAGCUCCUCACCUUCCCCCGCGCUGGAGAGGUGGUCAAGAAGGCCCACCCACAACAGCCAGGCGUGCCAGUGAAGAGUUUCCUGCAGAGGGAUCUGUUCAUGGGGCUGAUCUAUUAUAGACACUCUGGAGAGGAGUGUUUUGAGGACACCUUUGACUUCACCCUCUCAGACAGCCAUCAACCCCCAAACCUGUCCCACAGACACACUGUGGUGAUCCACGUUUUCCCAGUCAAAGACCAGCUCCCGGUGGAGGUGUCUGGCAGCGUUCGCUCGGUUACGGUGAGGGAGACUGACGUGGUCUACCUGACCCAGAGUCACAUCCACUUCAGGGACACAGAGCACCCAGACACUGACCUCUCCUUCUUCAUCACCACACCCUGCUUCAGCCCCACACGGCCAGGGCUUCCUGAUGCAGGGCGACUAUUCUACACAGACAGCACCCACUCCAUGAAGAAAGACCCAAUGGUCCCUGUGUUAAAGUCAUUCACCCAGCAUGCAGUUAACCACAUGAAGGUGGGGUACAUGCCUCCCAUCGAGGACAUCGGUCCAGAGCCGCUGUUUGUCCAGUUUUUGUUCUCUGUGAGUGACCACCACGGGGGAACCACCACUGACCUGCUCUUCAACGUCACCGUCACUCCUGUGGACAACCAGGCUCCUGAGGUGUUCACCAACCUACUGAGAGUGGAGGAAGGAGGAGGGGCCUUCUUCACGGAGGAGCACCUGUUGGUGCGGGACGGGGACAGCUUGGAGGACAAGCUCAGAGUAGGGGUGCAGACUACGCCCAUCCAUGGGAAGCUGGAGCUGCAGGGGCGAGAGCUCCGCCAGGGUGACACCUUCAUCCUCCAAGACCUGCGAGGUCUCCGAGUCAGGUACAUCCAUGAUGACUCUGAGACUGUGGAGGACACUGUUGGUCUAACAGUAACUGAUGGUGUCAACUCUGCUCAUGUGUUCUUACCAGUCCAGAUCCUACCAGUGAAUGAUGAGCCCCCCCAACUAGGACCAGGGCUGCGUGGGGGGCUGACCUGUGAGGAAGGGGGCCAUGUUCAGGUCACUGCUGAGUACCUGUUUGCCACGGACGCAGACAGUGAUGAUGCCAGGCUAAUCUACAUGCUGGCCCGGACCCCUGCCAGGGGGGAGUUGCAGAGAGGGGGGGUUACUGUGGACAAGUUCUCCCAACAGGACGUCCUGCAGGGGCUCGUCUACUACAUACACACAGGGGGCGAGAUUGGAGCCAGUCCCGUGUCUGACUCGGUCACUCUCAUCGUGUCGGACGGAGAAGCAGGGGGCAUGGACAGCUGUUGCCAUGGAGACGCCCUGCCACCACCCGUACCUCUCCACGGGACACUUCCUGUUUACGACCUCAACGUGACGGUGCUUCCUGUCAAUAACAAGACCCCAGUCAUCACCAUGGGUGACAUGUUUGUGGUGGACGAGGGCUCCUCAGCCUGUCUAUGUGGGGGAGUGCUGGGGGCCGAGGACCCCGAUACGUACCCUGAAGAGCUCCUCUUCCUCCUGGAAAACCCACCCCUACAGGGCUUCCUGGAGAACACCCUGCCCUCACCAGGUUUCGAGAAGAGCAACGCAGGCCUCAGAGUGGUCUCAUUCAGCCUGCUCCACCUCAGAGCGGGAUACAUCAACUACGUCCAGGCGGAGCACCAGGGGACUGAGCCCACCGUGGACCAGCUGGUGAUCAGUGUGAGCGACGGGAGGCACAAGUCUCCCCCCAUCCCCUUCUACAUCAUCAUCCACCCCACCAACGACGAGACUCCCUCUCUGACACUUAGCAACUUCACUGUGAUCGAGGGAGGGAUAAAGGAGCUGAGUCCGGCCAUUUUGAAUGCAUUGGACUUGGACGCCCCGGCGGACAUUUUGACCUUCACAGUAUUGGUUCCCCCAGCCCACGGGACCCUGCUGAACGGGAUCUAUGGAACGGAGUUGAGCCGCUAUAAGAACAUGGGCCCCAAGCUACUUCUGCAGAGCCUGAUAGUACACACCUUCACCAUGGAGGAGCUCAAACAAGGAAUGAGGAUCAUGUACAUGCACGAUGACACGGAAACCCUGAAGGACUCGUUCACUGUGCAGCUGACAGAUGGCCGCCACACAAUCCAGGGGACCGCUCACCUCCGUGUCCUACCAGUCAACGAUGAAAAGCCCCGGCUGCUAAAAAAUGCAGGAGUGGAGGUGGACUGGAUGGACAGGAGGGUGAUCUCCAGUGUGGUGUUGGAGGCAGAAGACCUGGACACUCCUACCAGUAAGCUCUACUACAUCCUCAAUGCUGGGCCCAGGUUUGGCAAGCUGCAGGUCAAGACAGAAGCUGGCUGGACAGACAUUGGAGCGGGUCAGAACUUCACCCAGGAGGAUGUGGAGUUUAACCGCUUGUGGUACGCCCACACUACUGGCACCGGGUUCAAAGGUCAUGACAGCAUCCGUUUCACCCUCAGUGACCUAGACAACGAGUCCCCUCCUCAGAGCUUCUUCAUCUCAGUACGCACCAUCCAGAAGGGUGACAUAGUGCUGGUCACCAGGCCGGUCACCCUGAUGGAGGGAGAGCGGCUCAUCCUGACCACAGACAUCCUACUGGCUACGGACGGGGCCGCCAGACCGGGGGAGGUGCUCUACACCGUGUCCAUUCCGCCCAAACACGGACACGUCCACGACGUCCAGCGUCCCGGAAUGCCGUUCCUCAGCUUCUCCCAGCUGGACGUGGCGGCCCAGCGUGUGUGUUACACCCAUGACAACAGUCACACGGCUGAGCAGGACUCCUUCAGCUUCGUCGUCACCAACGGCAUCAGCUCCCACAGCGGCUCCCUGCACUUCACCAUAGAACACAGUGACCGGAUCCCGCCGUCCCUCAACCGCAAUACCGGCCUCCAACUGACAGAGGGAGCGGUGAAGUCCAUCACACCAGACCACCUGGAGCUCACCGACCCAGAUACUGCUGUGGGGAACCUGACCUAUGCCCUCACCCAGCCCCCGCAGUACGGCAAGCUGCUCCUCAAGGGGUACCCACUGACAUUACCCCGUUUUACCCAGACUGAUAUCAACAACAUGGACCUGGCUUACCAGCACUACCAGGGCAGCCUGGCCCAGAUUGACAGAUUUAGUCUGAUGCCGUCUGAUGGUACUAACAGAGGAUACCUGGAGUAUGGACAGUUGAAGGAGGAGCCGCUGGUCUUCACAAUACAGGUGGAGCAUGUAGACAGGAAUCCCCCCAGCCUGGUGACCAAGAGGAUCCCCAGUACAGUGGAGAACCUCUCAGGGGGACCAGGGGACAAGCAAGGCAUCUACAUCACGUCACGUGACCUCCAGGCCUCUGACCCCGACAGUCCCGCCCAGGAACUGGAGUUCACCAUCACACGGCCGCCUCGCUUCGGCUACCUAGAGAACUCCCUCACCGGGGCGUACAUCAAAGGACGCUUCACCCAGAGGGAUUUGGAGCAGCGCGCCGUGCUCUAUGUCAUCCCCACCGACAUGGAGGUGACAGGGGACAGCUUUGAGUUCCGUGUCACUGACCCCGCGGGAAACACCAUGCUGCCUGAAAUACUGCAGCUGACGUGGUCUCGGGUGGAGCUGUCGGCUACGUGUUACCGGGUGUGUGAGAACGCAGGCAUGCUGCAGGUGCAGCUGACGCGCAGUGGGAAAAGCAUGGACCCAGCCUACAUUGCUAUUCAGGUGGAAGAUGGUACUGCCAAGGUGGGGAAAGAUUUCACCCACAGCACGGCCAGUCUGAUCCAGUUCGAUCCAGGAGUCAACGUGAAAACCUGGAACAUUUACCUGAAAGACGACGGCCUGGAAGAAAACCAUGAGACGUUCACCGUGAUUCUGAAUGGCCCCAAGAACACUGUUCUGGGUCAGAGGAACUCAGCCAGUGUGGAGAUAGUGGAUCCUAGAGGAGGAAUGUGCGACCCAGAGGACCUGAGGGUUGAGGAAGAUGAAAAAAGAGUACCUUCAACCGCUCACGUCCCCCAGUCCCCACAGCUAGAGGAGCACGUCACUGACACUGAAACAGACCUGCUGUGGGAGAGCCGCCCCCAUCCACCAAGGGGGGACGUGCCCAACCGGAGGCCCUUCCUUGACUAUGGGGAUGGAGAGGGGGAGCCCCAGGACCAGGCCCAGGCUACUCAGUUUCACAGCCAGGCCACCAGACAACUCAGACUGCAGGGCAGCAGCAACAGUAAUAGCAACAGUCGCACGGUCCUACAUUCAGGUGUCAAGAGAAAGAGUGAAGAGAAAGUCUGGACGUUCCAUGCACUCACCCCACUGAGACUAGAGGAAAUUAGGCUGCCGAUUCCAGAGCCCAUCCCCCAGGUGCACCCGGACCUCCAGGUGAUCCCCAUCUGGAGCUGGUCUGGCCACAGGGAGUUCCUCCAUGAGGUGAGGGUGGGGGAUGCCCCCCAGGAUGAUGCCCCUGUACCCUCGCACAAACAACACAGGGCUGGUCGCCAGCGCAAGGCUGGGAGGUCAGUGAGCACUUCCUGCCCCACGGGUUGGAGCCACUACAGGAGGCACUGCUACGUCCUGAGCCCUGGCGUGGCCAGCUGGAGCAGUGCUCAACGGGCUUGCACCUUACUGUUUGACAGCAAUCUAACAGGUGUCCAGUCAAAAAAAGACAUGGCUUGGUUAUGGAAAUUUGCUGGGAAACAGGCCUUUUGGAUCGGCCUGUCAGGCAGCCCGGGACAUUGGACCUGGACGGACGGCAGAUCCCUGUCAUUCUCCAGACUCAAGAGAGACCGAGCCCAAGAGCAGCAGCCCGAGAGUGCUGCCUCUAGAUCCACAUGUGUGUUAGCCCAAAGCCAGAAAACAUGGACACCCAUGACCUGCACCACGGCACCAGAACGCAGAUACAUUUGCUCAUCGCCAGCACAGAAUCACUGAAGAGGAAUGUGGAUUACCACACUUAAAGGGCAAUACCAACACAAAUAUUGGCAAUAUUUUAUUUGGGGUAGUGUGCUAUAGAUGUUUAACUACAGUAACUAAGCACAAGCUGAAUCAUUGAUAGCGUCAGCUGGUUUUCCAGGGUGGUUGAAGGAUACAUGGCAAACCUACUAGUUAUUGCAUGUCGACAGAGAGUUUAUUCAUCAUCUGAGAAUCAAAAAUAUCACCUGUAAAGGACUAUCCAAAUAAAGUGAGACCCAAAUAUACUAUGGAGUUAUUUUAUGGAGGAAAAUGUCAAUAUAACUACAUUACCCUUCAGACAAAAGAUAAGCCAUAAGUGGGUGCUAUUCUAGGGGGUGGGUGGGGUUAGGAACUCAAUUACUGCAGUACUACAUUGUACUACGUUGUACUUCAGUUCAAACACCGAAAGGUUUCAGUUCUAAAAAAAAGAUGGUCUCUGACAUUAUUUACAGUUUACCUUGAAGCUGCUCUGUAAAUUUGUUCAUAAUAAAAACCUUGAAUCUUC